UUGAAUAUAUCAUAUUGUUCUAUGAUAUAAUCUUACCCCUGACUUCUCAAUGUGUUCAGUCGUUCAGUGUUAUUGUUAAAUAAUCAUUUUUAUAUUCAGUAAUUAUCUCAAAAGUUGAAGCCAAGUAUAAUUUUUCAUCAAUAAAAAUUAGAAUAUUAUUAUUUGUAUAAGUUGUAUGUAAAAAAAAAUUACAUUAUGUCUUUUUCGGUGACAUGUUUGCUAAAAAAACAAAAUCGUUUACUUACUGCAAUAAGUGUAAGGCACAGAAGUCAACGUAGAAAUUUAGGGAAACCUCCUGGUAUUGCAAAAACACUCGAAGAGAGAAUGGAAGAAAUUAACUUCAAAGAUCCAAAAGUUCACUUUAAAGUUGACAUUGGAUUACCUACACCGCAGAGGGACAAAAAAAUGGAAACAGCAAAGAGAAUUGAAUUAAUAAAAAAAAUUAAAUGCAAUGCAGAACUUGAAAAACUAUCCAGAAAUAAUGAAUUACCAGUAUCAUUGGAUGAAAUAUCUAAUGAUUGGUCAAAAACAAAUGCUCCGUUACAUAUAAAAAAGGUAGCAGAAUAUUAUGGUAUUUUUGAACAUUUAUUUGGAGAUGCCUAUUUUACGCCUUACAUUCAAAUGGAUAUUAGUUAUGAUUACAACUCAAAAAAAGUACCUGUUUAUCGCGGAAAUAUUAUCAAACCAAGUGAGGCGCUGUAUAGUCCGCAAGUUAAUUUUGAAGCUACUGAAAAGACACUAUGGACAUUAAUGCUUACAAAUCCAGAUGGACAUUUACAUAAAGAAAAUUCUGAAUACAUCCAUUGGCUAGUGGGAAAUAUACCAGAUGGAGAUGUUAAUAGAGGUGAAACAGUGUUUAAUUAUUUACAACCGUUUCCGGCAAAAGGUACAGGAUACCAGAGAAUGAUUUUUGUUCUUUACAAACAAUCCUCAGAAAUAGAUUUUUCUUCAAUUAAAUCAGUUAGUGAAAAAAUAGAUUUGGCCAAUAGAACAUUUAGCACUUUUGAUUUUUACUGUUCUCAUGAAGAUAUUAUGACACCAGCCGGAUUAGCAUUUUAUCAAACUGAUUGGGACAAUUCAUUGACAAAGUUUUAUCAUGAUGAACUAUCAAUGUCAGAACCAGUUUAUGAAUAUGAUUUUCAACCUCCAUAUAUUAAACCACAAAAAUGGUUCCCUCUCAAAGAACCAUUCAAUUUAUAUAUGGAUAAGUAUCGCGAUGAAAAACAAAUAGCUAAAGAAUUUUUAAUAAGAAAACUAAGAAAAACACAUCCGUUCCAAAAACCUGAACCUCCUCUAAAAUAUCCAAAUGCAGUGCCAUUCAAGAAAACUACUCCGUCUUGGUUAAAACUUGAGAUGAAAAAAGAACGUUUAAGAUGGGGACGUGUGAAUGAUUACUAAAUUUUCAAAUAAUUUACUUAGUUUAAAUAUUUACAUAUUUGUUCAUUAUAAAAAAAAAAUAUUUGAAUAUCAUUCUUCAAUAAAUAUUCUUGUUUAUUUUACCAAA